GUCAGACAUAAAAUAAGAUUUUCUUUUUUUUUAUUGAUUUUCCGAAAUGGAAACGUGUAAACUUCCUCUGGUUGGAAAAUGGCGAAAUAUCUUCUUCAGUUGUUCCCAAUCUAAAAGAAAAAGCGAGGAACCAUGGCGGCCAGCUCGUUCGCCGUCCUUCCGUUGCUUAAUUAUAGCUCCACGACUGAUAGAUCUUCUUCUUCGUACUCAUCUUCGAAGCUUCUCCGCUUCUGGAACCUACCCAAUUCGAAAUACCGUUCUACUAAACACUCGAAUCACCGUUGUCCACAGGUGCUUGUUUCCUUCUCACUGAAUCAACCGGCUGAUGACGACGAUGCCUCCGACGCCGCACUUUUUCUCGAAUCCAAUUCAAUCGCCGAUUACAUGCGGUUCAAACGCCGCCCCGACGCCGGCAAUAGUGGCUCCAGCGAAUUGCAGACUGCAAUCGUCACUUACAAGAAGCGUUUCCCUUGGAUUCUCCUAAACCCUUUUCUUCAGGUAGAUUUGGUCUCAACGAUUCAUAUUGCCGAUAAAGAGUACUUCACAACUCUCCAAAAGGAGCUUGAACCAUAUGACUCUAUCUUGUACGAGAUGGUGGCUAGUAAAGAGACAUUGGAAAACAGAAGAAACCCAAUUGCAGCCAAGAGGCUCAAGACUUCACGUUCAAGAGGCUUCAGUAUUCUCGGCUUCAUCCAGCGGCAGAUGGCAAGGGUUCUAACGCUUGAUUUUCAGCUUGACUGUCUGGAUUACGAUGCUAAGAAUUGGUACCAUGCUGAUCUCGAUUUCGAGACAUUCACGUUGCUUCAGAGAGAGAAAGGCGAAAGCUUCUACUCAUUUGCUAGGGACAUGACUAUUAGAUCAACGAAAGCGAUAAUACAGCCAGCUUUGGUAACUGAAGGUCUUGAUACUUGGAAGUCAAAGCUUCUAUGGGUCUCAAGGGUUUUCCCUAUGCCUCUUGUGGGUCUUUUCCUUAUUGGGGCCUUUUGUGCUGACUUUGGAAAUCAAACUGAAGACUAUCCAGAAUUGGAAGCACUUUCACGCCUUGAUAUUGGAGCUGCUAUGAAGGUCUUCCUCGCUAAGAGAUUGACAUCCGAGCUAACGCUGGCGACGUCAGAUAUAGAGGAGAAAUCUGUCAUCAUCGGUGAGAGAAACCGAGCAGCUACAGAAGCUUUAAGAAGAGCAAUGGAGCAAGGGCACAACAGAAUCGCAAUCCUUUAUGGCGGAGGCCACAUGCCUGACUUGGGAAGAAGACUUCGAGAAGAGUUUGAUCUUGUUCCUUCUGAGGUGAAAUGGGUUACAGCCUGGUCUAUCAGAAACCCAAUGGACUUGGAGACUAGUUCAUUUCCGAUCCUCAGGAAGAUGGCCGAGGCUUUGCGUUGGCCACUAAACCGGUACCAAACCUUGGCACUGCUAAUUUUUUCGUCUGUACUUGCACUGGAUCUCUGCUUUUGGGAGCUCUUCUUUGAUUCGACCAUUGACUGGGCUUCCCACAUAGCUGCAGAGCUGUACCAGUUUGUAGAUAACACUAAACUUCUCUGUUCAGCUGAUUCAUCUCCCCGAUCUCUCUCCGUUCCCUGGAUUUUCAAUCAUUCUCUCAUGGAUUCCGUCUUCUCCAACGUCGCUCGUGCUCCCGAAGAUCCUAUUCUCGGUGUGACUGUUGCUUACAACAAUGAUCCGAGUCCAGCUAAGAUCAAUUUGGGUGUCGGUGCCUAUCGAACUGAGGAAGGGAAGCCACUCGUUCUUGACGUGGUGAGAAGGGCUGAGCAACAGCUAGUGAACGACCCGUCUCGGGUCAAGGAAUAUAUUCCCAUUGUUGGACUUGCUGACUUUAACAAACUAAGCGCCAAGCUCAUCUUAGGUGCUGAUAGUCCUGCGAUUCAAGAGAGUAGAGUUGCUACCAUCCAGUGCUUGUCUGGUACUGGUUCAUUGAGAGUUGGGGCUGAGUUUCUCAAAAAACAUUACCACCAAAGUGUCAUUUACAUUCCAAAACCGACUUGGGGGAACCAUCCCAAAGUUUUCAACCUGGCAGGCUUGUCUGUGGAGUACUACCGUUACUAUGAUCCUGCAACCCGUGGACUUGACUUCCAAGGCUUGCUUGAGGAUCUUGGCGCUGCACCAUCUGGAGCUAUUGUCUUACUUCAUGCAUGUGCACACAAUCCCACUGGAGUUGACCCAACCUCCGAACAGUGGGAGCAGAUUCGACAACUAAUUAGAUCUAAGAGCUUAUUACCCUUUUUUGAUAGUGCAUAUCAGGGUUUUGCUAGUGGUAGCCUUGACACAGAUGCACAGUCAGUCCGUACCUUUGUGGCCGAUGGCGGUGAAUGCUUAAUAGCACAGAGUUACGCCAAAAAUAUGGGACUUUAUGGGGAGCGUGUUGGUGCCCUCAGCAUUGUCUGCAAGUCGGCAGAGGUUGCUAGUAAGGUUGAGAGCCAGGUGAAGCUUGUUGUGCGGCCCAUGUAUUCGAGCCCACCUAUUCAUGGAGCAUCAAUUGUUGCCACCAUUCUGAAAAGCAGUGAUAUGUACAACGACUGGACCAUCGAGCUGAAAGGAAUGGCUGACCGCAUUAUUAGCAUGCGCAAACAGUUAUUUGAAGCUCUACAAGUCAAAGGCACACCUGGUGACUGGAGUCACAUUAUCAAACAGAUUGGGAUGUUUACUUUCACCGGACUGAACAAAGAGCAAGUUGCCUUCAUGACCAAAGAGUUUCACAUUUACAUGACAUCCGACGGGAGAAUAAGUAUGGCAGGUCUCAGCUCGAAGACAGUGCCUCACCUCGUUGAUGCUAUUCAUGCUGCAGUUACCCGCGUCGGCUAAACUAAGCAGUGAUACUUUUUGUUGUUGUUUCGUCGAAUAAAAUGGAAAAACAAAAAAAAAUCAGCUUUCUUGGUUUAUUUUACUAUGAUUGAUUUUUCAGAUGGUAUCAUAUGCUUCCUCAUGUCUUUUGAGUUUAGACUAAGGCUAUUAUCAAAUCAACCAAACCGAGGAUUGUGACAUUGUAAUCUGCAAUGUUUUAAAGAAUAUACUGGUUAUAAUAACAUCUGCAUUCGAGUGAUGAUAUAAGGAAAAGAAAACUCAUUCUCUAUCAAAUGCAGCACAAACAGAAAAUACGCUUCA